UCAAAACCUCCGCGAAACGUCAUUUUAUAUACAGAGAUACAACAAAUUCUAGAGAGAAAGGUGGGAUUCUAGAGAGAGAAAGGCAGGGAGCGAUGUGGGAAUCGAUCUGCCUAACGUUAGCUGCCACCGCUGGCAACAAUAUCGGCAAAGUCCUUCAGAAAAAGGGCACCGUGAUUCUUCCACCGCUCUCCUUCAAGCUCAAGGUGAUUAGAGCUUAUGCUUUCAAUAAAACUUGGAUUGUAGGUUUUUUGAUGGAUAUAAUUGGAGCUCUAUUGAUGUUAAAAGCUUUGUCUCAAGCCCCUGUAUCUGUAAUCCAACCUGUUUCUGGCUCUGGUCUUGCUAUUCUUUCUAUCUUUUCCCAUUUUUAUCUAAAGGAGAUCAUGAAUCCUAUUGACUGGAUGGGGAUUGCUAUGGCAGGGAUUGGCACCAUAGGAGUUGGAACUGGAGGGGAGGAGCAAAAGGCUUAUUUGAUAUCAAUUUUCCACUUGCCUUGGCUAGCAUUCAGUGUUGCCAUCUUGUUUGUACUUCUUAAUGGAUGGCUUCGUAUCUACAGGCGUCAACGAAAAGUACAGGAGAUGAUGCAAUCUGAAGUUGUUGAGGAAAUCAUAUACGGCUUGGAAUCUGGCAUUUUGUUUGGGAUGGCUUCCGUCAUAUCAAAGAUGGGAUUUGUAUUCUUGGAGCAAGGCUUUUCCAAGAUUCUGGUUCCCAUAUGCAUUUCGAUCAGCAUAUGCUGUAGUGCCACAGGAUUUAUUUACCAGACGAGAGGCUUGAAGGAUGGGAGGGCAAUUGUAGUGUCCACAUGUGCUGCUGUGGCAUCAAUCUUGACUGGUGUACUUGCUGGGAUGCUUGCUCUGGGAGAACAACUUCCUUCAGCUCCAGAUGCUCGUCUUUCGCUUUUAUUUGGAUGGCUGCUUAUCAUUAUAGGAGUGAUCCUACUAGUAAGUUCGACAUGGCUAGUAAGACACCUUCCACGACCAUUACGACAUUAUGUUCAAAGUGGUGUUGAGAGGAAUUUUGGCGUCAAGCAAUCUGGAUCACGUUCUGGAACACGUGUUAGGGAUUCAAGUCCAAGUGCAGUUAUCCAGGCAAGCACAUUGCAUCAUUUGAUAACGUCUCCUGCUAAAGCGAAGGCUUGAACUGAAACUAUUGAGAAGAGUGUUGCAUUUGCUUAGACAUUGAGUCCUGAUUGCAUGUAUAUCGUGACGGCUAGCUGGUCUUGUUGAUGAUGGUGGUGUGUACAGUAGUGCACCUGCUUACAGGUUGAUCGAAGGGCAUGAAGUUUUUGAGAUCAUUCCUUCAAUGAUACAUUUUUUACACCCUGGAUUGCAGUAUCUCUAUGUUCCAAGUGUGUUAUUGGCACUUUCAUUCCAUUCUAUAAUUUUUCCCACUUAAAUUUGUUAUGGAACCUUUCAUGAAAGUUUUUGCAUGUUAUACCUAGACCCAGUUGAUUUGUUUCACUUAAUGCCAUUCAGGCUGAAUGGGUCGGUUAUUAUACUUAGAAUAAAUAUUCUUUAUUUUGUAAGAAA